CUUUGUUAUCCAUCCACGUACAUAGUUAUUGGGGGAGUAUUACUUAAUUGAUUAAUUGAAUACUCGCUUUGUGUAAAGAAAGAUUCUUCUUCUUCUAUAAAAAAUACUUCUGUUUUAUUUUCUCAUGAACAAUAAUACAAAACUGUUUUUUUCCUUCAUGAUUUCAAUUUUAUACCUCCCAUCAGUUUCCCUCUAGAGCUCACGUUUGGCGCCGGCUGUCAUGGAGUCGCCGGAGUGUGUCGGAACGACGCUAACUACCGUGGAAAGUGUUCAGAUUCGUGAUGCUAUUGAUGCCAACCGGGGGCUGUAUAGGAGACGGAGUUCGACCGCGGCUGCGGAGAGUGAAGUCAACGGUACGGAGGAGGAGGAGGACAGGGACGAGAUCAAGCGCGGCGGCCGCGGGAGAUUUAAAUCUCCGAGUGAGCACAGUAAAUCCGGGGGAGUGCCAGAAGAUGAAAAUGUAAACGGAGAGAGGAAUGAUCGUGAAUUUGCAAAUGGCGGUGCGCGUAGAGGAGCUGCUGACGACAACGUGACGUUUGAAUUUGCAUACAGGCCGUCCUCGCCGGCUCACCGUCGAAUCAAGGAGAGUCCCCUCAGCUCCGACGCCAUAUUUAAACAGAGUCAUGCAGGCCUCUUCAAUCUUUGUAUAGUGGUGCUUGUAGCUGUUAAUAGCAGGCUGAUCAUUGAGAAUUUAAUGAAGUAUGGGCUGUUAAUUAGUGCUGGGUUUUGGUUUAGUUCAAAAUCCCUAAUGGAUUGGCCGGUUCUAAUGUGCUGCCUUAGCCUCCCAGUUUUCCCUAUUGCCGCCUUCCUUGUUGAGAAACUGGUCCAGAUGAAGCGUAUAACUGAUGCAGUUGCAGUUACUUUGCACAUAAUUAUAACGACAACUGCCAUAUUAUAUCCAGUUCUUGUUAUUCUAGGGUGUGAUUCUGCUUUUCCAUCAGGUGUCACCUUGAUGCUUUUUGCUUGCAUUGUAUGGUUAAAACUUGUUUCUUAUGCCCAUUCAAACUAUGAUAUGAGAGCACUUGCAAAAUCACUUGAUAAGGGGGAUACUUCAAGCAUUGCUUAUGCUUAUGAGGUUAGCUUUAAAAGCUUAGUAUACUUCAUGGUUGCUCCUACAUUAUGUUAUCAGCUGAGUUAUCCACGGUCUGCCUAUAUUCGAAAGGGUUGGGUGGUGCGCCAACUAAUCAAGUUGAUAAUAUUUACAGGAUUCAUGGGCUUUAUCAUAGAGCAGUAUAUCAACCCAAUUGUGAAAAACUCGCAGCAUCCUUUGAAAGGAAACUUUUUAUAUGCUAUAGAGAGGGUAUUGAAGCUUUCAGUUCCAACCUUAUAUCUUUGGCUCUGCAUGUUCUACUGCUUCUUUCAUUUAUGGCUAAAUAUUCUUGCAGAACUUCUGCGCUUCGGUGAUCGUGAGUUUUACAAAGAUUGGUGGAAUGCAAAAACAAUUGAUGAGUACUGGAGAAUGUGGAAUAUGCCUGUUCAUAAGUGGAUGGUUAGACAUCUAUAUUUCCCAUGCUUAAGAAAUGGCAUACCAAAGGGGAUUGCCAUUUUGAUUGCAUUUCUUGCUUCUGCUAUUUUCCAUGAGCUUUGUAUUGCUGUUCCUUGCCAAAGACUCAAGUUUUGGGCAUUUAUUGGAAUCAUGUUUCAGGUUCCACUUGUCAUUUUGACAAAUGCAUUACAGAACAAGUUCAGGAGUUCAAUGGUGGGAAAUAUCCUUUUCUGGUGUUUCUUCAGUGUCUUCGGCCAACCGAUGUGCGUCCUUCUCUACUACCAUGACCUGAUUAACACAGAAGGCAGCACAACCUAAAUGGAGAGCAUUUGAUCAAACACUGCCAGAAUGAAAAUGCAGAGCCGUCACAUGUUGUGGAAUUACUCAUGGAUGAUGGAUGGCAUCAGUACUUGUGUGUUGCAGAAAAAAUGAAGCAAGACUCUGUAAUAGACUAAUAGAAGAAACUUGGUCUAAAGAAGAUGUAAAGACUUGUUUUCUUUUGGGGCACUGAGGUGGAUACUACACACAAAUCUUUAUAUCGACCCACACACAAAAACAUUGUAAGACACCAACAAUGUGAGUUGUUCACCCUUUACUCUAAAUCAGGGGUUGGGUUUUGGUGAAAUCACUGAAAUGGUCAGUUUUUUGUUGUUGUUGUUGACAAAACUUAGGCUCGGCUUGAAUGCUUAAUAAUCCUCAGGUAAUCUGCAUGAAGAUAUGCA